AUGGACAGAACAGGUGACAAACCUGAACACUUCGUUGUGCUAAGAAAUUUGUUGUACAAAAAAGAUCGUCUUUCCCGAGUUCUCACUUGGCCAACGCCGUUUUUUGCCAAUGUAAGGGACUCAUUUCAGCCAAGCAUUAAUCCCAGGACUCAUCCUCAGACCAAGAGUCUCGUCACGAGAGAUCUAAUUGCCAAGCAUAAUUUCACCCAGCCGCUCUUUCCUGACAAAACAAAGAACCUGCACGGCUCCACUCUGAACGUGGUAACAUUUGAGUUUCCCCCGGAGAUAAUGUAUCGGCAGGACAAAGAAGGUAACUUGGUGUCGAGGUACGGCGGCAACGUGCGGCUGGUGGAAACUAUGGCCAAGAUAUUCAACUUCACAGUAUGCUUCAUUGAGCCCGCCAAAGAUGAGCUGUGGGGACACCAACUAUCUAAUGGCACCUGGAACGGCAUGGUGGGUCUCUUUGCCCGCGGCGAAGGCGACAUAGGCAUUGCCAACCUGUUCAUCUCAGCCAUGGGCGGGCGGAAAGAGCACCAGUGGUAUACGGCACCCUAUGGCCAGGAGAGUACGUGCAUCCUGAUUAAGAAAGGAGCAAGUAUGCCUCAAUGGCAGUCCCUUGCCCUGCCCUUCAGGAGAAACACGUGGAUCGCCGUGCUAGUGAUGGGUCUCGUCCUGGGACCGAUCUUUUUUGCCCUGUCUCGGCCUCGCGUCACCAGGUGUGUACACCAAACAUAUUUUUUGCUGUUAAUGCACAUUGUACUAUAGUAUGAUGAGUUACGGAAGGGGCAAAAGUGCACACCAAAAUUAGAUUUUCACUGGCCUUUCCUACGACAUUUGAACACACGCACAGAAUGGCUGGUUUCUGAGUCACUUUCAAUAAAUGCAGUAUUAUUGUGUUUUCUUACUCUCAUCAUCCUAAGCAUUCUUUUCAGCUCUGCCCGGCUCAUACCUAACAAAUUCCUCCUGGUGGACCAGGUGGAUAGAAAUUGGGUUUGUCUCAUUUUACAUUGUAAUCCUUAUUCACUUGACAGUGAAUAGGUACAGAAUGUUGGGUGAAGUGACCUUGUCACCAGGUUCAUGCAGGUUUGCUAAUCCGCGU